AUGUGCCUGCUACGUCACGUGCUGAUCUGCUCUGCAGUUUUCAACUUGUUAACUUUUUUAACGGGGUUAUUUCUUGGUAUUCUGCGUGAAGACUUACUCAUAGUCUCAUUAGUGCUGACAGUAGCUGGCCUUCUAGGAAUGUUAUUAUUUGCUAUCACUUGGUUUAUUCGACCAAAGGUUAUUCACCGUCCGAUAUACUUUGUGAAACACUGGAAAGAAGAAAAACUUGGCAAAGAUGCCACAAUCAAUCCAGACACAACGGAAGCGGUGAUGAAGAAUAUUAGAGGAAUUCCAUUUCUUAUUCAAGCAAUCCAGUAUUCUAUGGAGGCAACCUAUUACCGUGAUGUUCUCAGCGAAAUGGGCGAAGGAGUCGUACGCACCUCAGUUAUUCACACAGCUCCGGCUUGUACGAGUAUUCUUGACUCAGAAAGUGAGGACGAGACUAAGGAAGUAAAGGUCACACCUAGGAAUUCAGCCGAGGAACAGUGGCUACCAUUUGGCGAAUCGUGGCGCAACGAACAGCUCCGCUUGUCGCUCGAACGAGGAAGUAGUAAUUUACUUGUGUUUCCGUAUUGUGAAGCAUCUCCUCAUGGCGAUCGUGGUCACGAAGCUGUUGAACACGACUUUUCUCGCAUUGAAAGCAUCAAGCGGCCGCAUGGAAGAAGAGGAAAAAAUCAAAAUCGACAGCAGUUCCAAGUACGGUGCAUCGGCAUGUCUGCGUCGUUUAUAGAACGUUUUAAUAAUUCAUUUCGAGCAACAUCCUUCGACAACUGAUUGCUCUUUGUGGCUAUGCAUAUGACAGUUCAUAGGCUUGAUCUCUGUGCUAUGUGUUCUCAAAGUAAUAUCAUCUAAUGAUCUCCGUGCUGCAGUUUGUCUACUUUGUUAAUUCAACUUUACGGGCUUUUCUUCAUGGUGUUUGUUUGCCAAUUAAGCUUCUACGCAUCCAUGUUUUGCGUCAUAUUUCGGGAAGAGCAUCGUUACACUAUAGAGCCUCG